GUUCCUGAUGUCAUCAGCAGCAUAAGACAAGUCUCCAAAGCAGCACUAAAAGAAGAUGCCAAAUCAAGUAAGGAUAGUGAAGAUGCCUUCUAUGACUCUCAAAAAUUUGAGGUCUUGUACUGUGGAAAGGUGACAGUGGCUCACAAGAAAGCUCCCUCCACACUAAUCGAUGAUUGCAUUGAGAAAUUCAGCCUUCAUGAGCGCCAACGCCUGAAACUAUUAAAUGAGCAGCGGAAUAACGAGUCGAGUUUGGACUUACCCCUGUGUGAAGGAAAUGGACCGGCAUCUCCAUUGGAUAGCCCAUUUGAGGAGCUGGACAGCCCAAAUGACACCGCAGGGCACACUGUGAUGUUUACAGUUGGCAGCCAGACCAACUUGACCAACAUGGCCAGCACUCGUGGCUCCUUUCCAGAGCGAAUUUUAGAGGACUCUGGCUUUGAUGAGCAGCAAGAGUUUCGCUCCCGGUGCAGCAGUGUCACUGCAGUUAUGCAAAGAAGGGUUCAUGACACAAACCUGAAAAUACAGCCACGCAGAAGACAUGCAAGUGCACCCAGUCAUGUUCAGCCCUCUGAUUCUGAGAAGAACAGGACAAUGUUGUUCCAGGUUGGAAGGUUUGAAGUUAACCUCAUCAGUCCGGACACCAAAUCUGUUGUGCUUGAAAAGAAUUUCAAAGAUAUCUCCUCAUGUUCUCAGGGUAUAAAACAUGUUGAUCACUUUGGCUUCAUUUGCCGGGAAUCUGUUGAACCUGGGUUAAGCCAGUAUGUUUGCUAUGUGUUCCAGUGUGCAAGUGAGUCUCUGGUUGAUGAAGUAAUGCUUACCCUGAAACAAGCCUUUAGCACUGCUGCAGCUCUGCAAAAUGCCAAAACGCAGAUUAAACUUUGUGAAGCCUGCCCUAUGCAUUCAUUGCACAAACUUUGUGAAAGAAUUGAAGGACUCUAUCCACCAAGGGCCAAACUUGUAAUUCAAAGACAUCUGUCGUCACUAACUGAUAAUGAGCAAGCAGACAUUUUUGAACGUGUUCAGAAAAUGAAGCCUGAAAAUGACCAGGAAGAAAAUGAACUUGUGAUCUUACAUCUACGCCAACUCUGUGAAACUAAGCAGAAAACACACAUUCACAUUGGUGAAGCACCAUCG